UAUACUUUUCCUUUUAAAUAGAUGAAGAACUUCCUGAUUACAUUAUGGUGAUGGUGGCCAACAAGAAAAGUCAGGACCAAAUGACAGAGGACCUGUCCCUGUUUCUAGGGAACAACACAGUUCGAUUCACCGUAUGGCUUCAUGGUGUAUUAGAUAAACUUCGCUCUGUUACAACAGACCCAUCUAGUCUAAAGUCAUCUGAUACCAACAUCUUUGAUAGUAACGUGCCUUCAAAUAAGAGUAGUUUCAGUCGGGGAGAUGAGAGAAGGCACGAAGCUGCAGUGCCACCCCUUGCAGUUUCUAGCACUAGACCUGAAAAAAGAGAUUCCAGAGUUUCUACAAGUUUCACAGGAGCAGAAAACCACUAA